AUGGAUACAUUUAUUUGUAAUAAAUGCUUUGCUACGCCAUAUAGGGGAAAAAAACCAUUUUGCUUAACACAAUGUGGUCACAUAUAUUGUCAUGGAUGCAUACAGCAAGCUGAGAAGCAGUGCCCUCAGUGCCAGCAACCAGAUAUAUUUUCUGUGGAGUUACAACAACCAUCACUGGCAAAAGUAGAAAAUUUCUUUGCUCCACUUAAUGAAUCAUUGGAAUCAUUGCAUAAAAUAUGUGGAUUCCAAAAUAAUCAAGUGAAAAUUAUGAUACAACGUUUCUAUGAGAUUGAUAAAAAGUAUGAAAAACUGAAGACUCACUAUUAUAAUCUUACUCAUAAUAUAAAAAUGCUGAGAGACAAAUAUAUUAAGCUCAAAACGGAAAAUACAGAACAAAAGAAGAAACUUAUGACCUUUGAAGUAAACAAUAGAACACUAAAUUCUUUGAGUGAUUCUACACCAUUAAGCGUUGAAAAUCAAAGAAAUGCAAACAGAAGACAAGCACCAAAUUCAUAUUUUUCAUCUUGCGGAACUAAUAUAUCAAGUCAAUCUUUCAAUGCAGGAAGAGGACAUACAAUAUUAGAAGGUUUUCGUAUACCUUAUCCUCUAUCUGUAAAAUCAGUUGGUUCUCGUGGAACUUCAGAUUCUAAUUCUACUUAUACAUUUAGACGUUAA